AUGGCACCUGCCGGCUGCUGCUGCUGCUACUGCUGCUGGGGCGGCGCUGUGGCCGCCAGACUGCUGCUGUUGUUGGGGGUCCUGUCCGCCGGGCUGUGCCCGGGCGCCGUGGCCACCGAGCACUACUCGCCGCUGUCGCUGCUCAAGCAGGAGCUGCAGCACCGGCAGCAGCAGGAGGCCCCGGCAGGCGGCGGCUGCAGCCCUCAGUCCGGGGACUGGGGAGACCAGUACUCGGUCGAGUGCGGCGAGUCAUCCUUUCUGAACUUCCACGACUCAGACUGCGAGCCCAAAGGACCACCACCCUGUGACUCAUUGCUUUCCCUCAACACUGAAAAGAUUCUGAGCCAGGCCAAGUCUAUUGCAGAACAAAAGAGAUUCCCGUUUGCUACGGAUAACGACAGCACAAAUGAAGAGCUAGCUAUUGCUUAUGUGUUGAUUGGCAGUGGACUCUAUGAUGAAGCGAUAAGACAUUUUUCGACAAUGCUUCAGGAGGAGCCUGAUCUGGUUAGUGCAAUUUAUGGCCGAGGGAUAGCCUAUGGAAAGAAGGGACUACAUGACAUUAAGAAUGCUGAGCUUGCUCUGUUCGAACUGAGCCGAGUAAUUACCUUGGAACCAGAUCGUCCAGAGGUAUUUGAACAGCGAGCAGAAAUUCUGUCCCCUCUGGGACGAAUUAAUGAAGCAGUGAAUGAUCUCACCAAAGCUAUCCAGCUUCAGCCCUCAGCCCGGCUGUACAGACACCGGGGGACCCUGUACUUCAUAUCAGAGGACUAUGCAACAGCCCACGAAGACUUUCAGCAGUCCUUAGAACUGAACAAAAACCAGCCUAUAGCUAUGCUAUACAAAGGUCUAACUUUCUUUCACAGAGGACUUCUGAAGGAAGCUAUUGAAUCCUUCAAAGAAGCCUUGAAGCAAAAAGUUGAUUUUAUUGAUGCGUAUAAAAGUCUGGGACAGGCCUAUAGGAAAAAAAAGAAAUAAGAACUGGGCAAUUUCGAAGCUGCCACCGAGAGCUUUCAGAAGGCACUGUUGCUCAACCAAAAUCAUGUGCAGACCCUGCAGCUUCGGGGAACGAUGCUUUAUCACCAUGGCAGCCUGCAGGAAGCCCUGAAAAACUUCAAGCGGUGUCUGCAGCUCGAGCCCUAUAAUGAGGUGUGCCAGUACAUGAAAGGGCUCAGCCAUGUUGCCAUGGGACAGUUCUAUGAAGGAAUAAAAGCACAGACUAAAGUCAUGCUAAAUGAUCCUCUCCCGGGCCAGAAGGCUAGCCCAGAGUAUCUGAAAGUGAAAUAUCUCCGAGAGUAUUCUCGAUAUCUUCACGCACACCUUGAUACUCCUCUUACGGAAUAUAACAUUGACGUGGAUCUGCCUGGAAGCUUUAAAGACCACUGGGCUAAAAAUCUGCCUUUCCUCAUAGAAGACUAUGAAGAGCAGCCAGGGUUGCAACCCCACAUAAAAGACGUGUUACAUCAGAACUUUGAGAGUUAUAAGCCCGAGGUACAAGAGCUGAUCUGUGUAGCUGAUCGUUUGGGAUCACUGAUGCAAUAUGAGACACCUGGUUUCCUGCCAAACAAGAGAAUACACAGAGCCAUGGGUUUGGCGGCAUUGGAGGUCAUGCAAGCUGUCCAGCGUACGUGGACCAACUCGAAAGUUCGAAUGAAUGGGAAAACACGGCUAAUGCAGUGGAGAGACAUGUUCGACAUUGCAGUAAAGUGGAGACGGAUUGCCGACCCAGACCAGCCAGUGUUGUGGUUAGAUCAAAUGCCAGCACGAAGUCUUAGCAGAGGUUUUAAUAACCACAUCAAUUUGAUCAGGGGUCAGGUGAUUAACAUGAGAUACCUGGAGUAUUUUGAGAAGAUUCUUCAUUUUAUUAAAGAUAGAAUUCUUGUUUAUCACGGAGCUAAUAAUCCUAAAGGACUGUUGGAAGUUAGAGAAGCUCUGGAAAAGGUACACAAAGUAGAAGACCUUCUUCCGAUUAUGAAGUUUAAUACUAAAACGAAGGAUGGGUUCACGGUGAACACAAAAGUUCCCAGCCUCAAAGAUCAAGGGAAGGAAUAUGAUGGAUUCACAAUCACAAUUACAGGAGACAAGGUUGGCAACAUACUGUUUUCUGUGGAAACGCAAACCACAGAAGAAAGAACACAAUUCUAUCAUGCUGAGAUAGAUGCACUUUAUAAAGACCUCACAGCAAAAGGAAAAGUACUGAUUCUUUCAUCAGAAUUUGGGGAGGCUGAUGCUGUUUGCAACUUAAUCUUAUCUUUAGUUUAUUACUUUUAUAAUUUAAUGCCACUCUCUCGAGGAUCCAGUGUGAUAGCUUACUCUGUGAUCGUGGGAGCUUUGAUGGCAAGUGGAAAAGAAGUGGCAGGAAAAAUCCCCAAAGGGAAGUUAGUUGACUUUGAAGCUAUGACAGCCCCUGGUUCAGAAGCCUUUAGCAAAAUAGCCAAAAGCUGGAUGAGCCUAAAAAGUAUUUCACCUUCUUAUAAGACUCUCCCAUCUGUGUCAGAGACGUUCCCUACAUUAAGAUCAAUGAUCGAGGUGCUAAACACGGACUCCUCUCCACGUUGUCUUAAGAAACUCUAGUUACGCUGUGGUAUUUAUACAAGUAAAGGGCCGGACCUCUUGCUUCUUAAGUUAUUUUUUAAAACAUGGAAUUAUAAAGAAACUAGGUCCUUUAUUACUUUUGAUACCAAUUUUUGAUAGGAAUUGAAUACUUGAAAUCAUUUUCUUUACUUUUUGAACCAUAAUAAAAAUCAUGAAAGAGGGUUUUUUGGGGGGGGAAAAAAAGCUCUAUGUUGGGGCAGGAAAAUGUAUGUAGAGGCCAGCGGCCUUGUUGGUUUCCACUUACAAAGUCCUAAAACUCCUUCCUCACAGCAAAAAAGUUGACUUCAAAAACCAAAAAUUAAUCAUUAAAAGGAACAAAACCAACAACAAAACAGGAGUGUUUUCAUUCCUUGAAAGAUUUGUAUAUUUUUCAAAGGCCUUUUUAUGCACAUUGUGAUAGGGCAUCGUGUUUCUCACAUAAUCUUCACGAGUGGGUUCUCCGUUGUAUUUGAAUGAUGGAAGAUUCCUGGGCCGUCACCAUGUGCCGCAGAGCUCACUGCCGGAACAUUUGUUUUGAAUGAUGCAGACAGUAUUUGCCAGUGACCCAAACACUGAAUUACUGAACCAUGUUUUUUUUUUUCUCUGUGUUGGAAAAAAUAAACGAGGGGUGAUUUCUGUAAAUCACCAGUUUUUGACACUG